CGCUGACAACUAGCGCGAAAUCGAACAGUUUAUCAGGUUGUACAGAACAGGCAAAUUUGGGGAAAUUGCUGUAUCAUUUAUCAUCGACAAUGAGCACAAAAAAGGGAAACAACUCGAAAAAAGGUCAAAGACAUCAAAACACGAAAGCUUACAAGAAUGAUCUUCAUGACACGAGCAAGAAAACGAAGCAAAUCAAUAGUUUGGUGGUUGGUGGCGUUUGUACACGAUGCCGGGAGAUCAUAGAGUGGAGAAAGAAAUUCAACAAGUACAAGCCUCUUACUGCUCCCAAAAAGUGUGUGAGAUGCGAGCAGAAGGUCAUAAAACAUGCUUAUCACACUGUGUGCAGUAGAUGUGCGCAGGAAGCCAAGGUGUGUGAAAAAUGCGGACAGGCUCAAGAUAUAGUGGCAAAAUCUGAACCAACUCCAGCAGAGAGAGCCUCAGAAGACAGUAUGUUACAGUAAGAGAUAAAAGCUAUGACCGAAAGACAAAGAAGAACCUUCUUUAGACACCUUGAAAAGGGAGGCAAAAAUGAAGAAACAACAGAAAGUGCCAGCUUGCAAGAAUCUGCACUUGCUAGUAACAGCACUACGUCUGAUUUGUUUAUCAGUGAUAAUGACAAUGAACUCUCAGAACCUGAUGAGCAAAGAGCUGAUGGGCUGGGCUCUUGACAGUGCAGAAACUCUAAU